AUGACAACGACGACAACUACCAACACGAAGACAACGUUCACAGUGACGACGUCGCUGACGACCAGAACUACAACUGCCUCCACCACUUCACAAACCGUCACCACGACCAACACCCCCGUCGACUGCGUUCUCGCCGACUGGUCAGACUGGGGAAAGUGCGACCGCCCCUGCAACGGCGGCAACCGCACACGCGAGCGCCAGGUGCUCCAGAUGGAAGUUUGCAAUACGAGCCCUUGCUCCGAUUGCCUCGCGGGAUUUUACCUGGUCUUCGUCUCCGAUACCGCCACAAACUGCAGAUACAAUCCUGACCCAGGAGCUACUGGACCGGAGGCUUGCGCACCUUGCUUGAUGGGUGAGCGAAGUGAAGAAGGCGCAUCUUUCUGCGAGCCCUGUGCCGAAGGCUCAGCGGCUGCCCCCAUUCUGAGCCGAAGCGUCGCCAGUAGCCUGGGCCACUUCUCAGGGAGCUUCGUCUCUGGGCCAGUCGGAGAAGCGGAGCUUUCCUGCGGGCCGGGCACUUGCUCUGGGAUCCUCUCCUUCAAAGCAGCCUGCGCUACGCAGAGGUUGGUGCAAUUUUCAGCCGAAACCCGAUCGUCGAUGGGCCAGACUGCCCUUCUUGAGCUUACGGUCAGUGGUGGUGCGCCGGUUGGCUGGAGCACUGCCGGUACCACCACCUGGCAAGAGACAGGCUUGUCGGCCUCCGUGCUUCUGCCUUCAGAGGAGCAAACGACCAUUCGUCUUUGGGCCUCGCAGGAAGCUUGGCCUGCAGAAGGCUGCGGAAAUCCUUCUCAUAGCCUCGCGGAAUGUUGA